AAUUGUAUCUUUUGGAUUUUUUUUUAGGAGAAGAAAUCGCAAGGAAGGGCAGCUCCGAGGGUGAUUCUUGCCAUCCGAGGCCACCCUUGCCACUCACGCGACCCGCGAUCGCAAUGGCGAGACAACAGACCGUGGACCGAAACAUCCCUCAUCUGCGGGACAUCUUUGGCUUCGGCAGCAAAUGGGAGAACGCACGCGGCCAGGCCGAGGAGAAGGCGCCCGGCCACGAUAGCGCCGUGUCGGUGGGCUCCACGUCCGGCGAGGAGGAGAGCCCGAAGAACAGCAAGAAGAAGAAGUCGCGUCGCCGCGACAACAGCAAGACGCUGACGGAGAGCGACGUGAAGCACUUGGAACGGCAUCUCUCCAUGAAGAAGACCAUACGGAAGAAGAUCAUGCGCGACCUGCAGCAGGCCUUCGUCGAGGACCCGAAUGAGUUUCGCGUCGACGACAUCCCGCCGGAGCAGCUCAAGGCAGAGAUCAAUAUCCAGAGUCUGAGCUUCGGCACGCCGUCCCAGAAGCAGGGACGCACGCGUGGCAAUGCUGAGAGCACGUUCCUCGACAUGCUGCGCGGUGGCGGUCUGGAGAAAAAUGGGACGGAUGGUGACAGGGAUUCGGGACACGGUGGAUCGCCGAUCAGAGAGGCGUCCAGCGCCCAGGAUACGGAUGACGAGUCCAGCUACGCGUACGAGGCGCCCACCUCGACGCCGACGAAGAAGAGCGGCAACUUCUGGAGACGUUUCACCAUGAAGAAUCGCAACAAACGGUAAAUCCCAGCGGCAGGAACCCCAGCGCGAGGAGAGAGUACCGGUACUUCAUAUUCUCCGUAAUCUCGAUAAUUUUUACCAGCGUAAUUAACGAGGCAGAGCUUGCAACUGUGAUAUACAUAAACAACCAAUUCAUCUUCACCUCUCCCUCUCCCCCGAGACGAUCCAUCCGUCGAAUUUUAAGAGGUUCCCGAAAUUCGAUCCGCGCACAAGACCGAGGACCAAGAGAUUUGAACGUACAAAUUUUGGACCAGCGUUUUUUUUUAUCAUUUGUUACCACGACAUAUCACCGUACGUAUCUAUUGCGGACCCUGAAAGACCCCGACAAUAUAUCUUUCUUAAAUUACAAAAUAAGAAAAAUUCGGAUAAGGAUUUAAUUUGUAAAAUACGAAAAAGACAUAUGUACUUUCUAUUUUGAAGAAAGACAAAAAUUGAUGUUACUUUACGUUUAGAGCCCUCGAUUUCUCAUUAGCGAUGCUAAGUAUUUAGACUAGCAUUGGAGCAAUGAAAUAAUAAUUCGCAAAUGCAAUUUUAGCUGCUGUCUCCGUAUUUAAAAUGACAUGGAUAUAUAUUCAAGCUUUAAAAAAAAAGAGAGAGAAACAAGGAGGAAAGUGCAGCUAGAACGAACAGAUCUAUUUAAGGAUUGUCCAAACAAUUCCGCUGUAUGUAUACUCUUUUGAAACAUCGGAGGAACUUCUUAAAACUUCCCGACUUGAAAUGUAACGAUCGAUGUGUGCCCGAUAAUGUAACUCCCAUCUUCUGACACGUACUUAAAGGAAAUGUAAAGAGUAAAAACAGAGGCAGCGAAACACGAGUGUGUGCGUAGUAUUUAAGGAUAGUUAGUUCUCUUAAUGUAAGAAUGCGGCAGAGGCAGUUAUGGGUGAUCUGUAAUAAGCGUAAAAGUGGUGCGUACGGUGUGCGCACCGGUUAGUAUUAGCUAGUCAACGACGCUAACACGUACACUCGUGAGACCCGAUCGAUUUUCUUACUGACAAAAUUUGAUAUCGUAUUCUUUGUAAACAAACUCGAAAGUAAAAUAUUUUUUAACUACUUUUACUACCAGUUCGCGAAUUCACAGCCUUAAGGCUUUUUAUCUGAGAAACAUGUACGAUACAUGUAAGGAACUUACUGGAUUACGUCGUUUAAGUGUGACGCAUUGCAUUUUCCGCUAUACACUCUAACUUAAGCUAUGUUGACGUUUACCGAAAUCCUGUUGUUCCUACCGUUUUUCGAGGUAUCUCGUUAGUAUUAUAGAUAUCGUCAUUUGCGACAUCGAUAACGGUUCACAUAUUCUCAUCUAAUCUUCACUUUCUACUAUGGUAAUAAUAAUUAUUAUUAUUCCUUUUAAUAUUAACUGCAACGCUAUAUAUAUUAGCUUUAAAUGUAUCAUACUCGAGACCUACGUUAUGUAAGAGCAGUAAUAUACUCGAAUAAAAGUCUCAUUUAGA